AUGAAUAGGCAGAAUUAAUUGACUAUUAGAGAUUCUUUAAAGAAUACACUUUUUAGUUAAAAGAAAAGAAAUUUGAAAUUUAAUCUAACACCCUUAAAUUCUUCUCCACCAAUAGAAAAUAACCAACAAAAAAGCACAAAUUAAUAAUUUAGACAUUUUAGUGAUGUUUAUGAAUAUGGCCAUCAUCAGAUUGGUUAUUUGAAUAUUUAUCAUUAGGUGAAGGAGCACAUGGGAUUGUAAAGACAUGUUAUAAGCGAGAUUAAAUCAAUUAGAAUAAUUCAGAAAGAACAACUUAUGCCGUUAAAAUCUUUAGAACUGGGGAUACAGAAAUAAUUAAUACAAUCAGAGAAACAUUUCAUAUAAAUAGAGCACUUAAUGAUCUAAACUGUGUUGUUAAAGCAUUAGAUCUAUUUAUAAAUUCUAAAAAAGAAGAACAUCAUUUAGUUAUGGAAUAUUGUCCAUAUUUGAGUUUAGAAUAAAGAAUUGGAAAAUUAAAAUUAGGAGAUAUUUAAAUAAUAGCAUUAAAUUUAGCUCAAUCAAUUAAAUAAUUACAUUAAAGAGGAAUUUGUCAUAGAGACUUAAAACCUGAUAAUAUUCUUAUUGGAAAUAAUUUGUCAUUAAAAUUAAUAGAUUUUGGGGUUUCAAAAAGGUUUUUAGUAAAAGGAAAAGUAACUAAAAAAAUAAAUAUGUGGACAAGAACUGGAUCAUUAUUUUAUUAAGCUCCUGAAAUAUUCUUAGGAGGUGGAUACAAUGAAAAAGGUAACAUUGAAUCUAUUUUUAGUUGAUAUCUGGUCAAUAGGCAUAAUUUUAUAUUAAUUAUUAGUUGGAUAAUUGCCAUUUUAAUAGGAAACUAUUUUAGAUACUAUAGAGAUGAUAAGAGAUUCAGAAAUAAAUGUAAAAAAUACAGCAGCCUUUAAAGUAUUGAAUCCUUUAGUAUAAGAUCUAUUAAAGAGAUUAUUGAAGAAAGAUCCAGAAAAAAGAUUAUCGGCUGAAGGUUUAUAAAUAAUAAUAAUUUUUAAAGAUUUUGUUUUACAUCCUUGGCUUCAUAAGAGAUAAUAAAAAAAGUCAAUGAAAAGUUUUGAUGAUUGUGAUAUAGUGGAUAUAAAGAAAAGUGAUGAGAUAUUAUAAUCUUCAGAAAUAACAACUUAGAAGCAAUACUUGCCAAGGAGUAAAAACCCUUUGAUUGUUCCUAUAGAGGAUGAAUCUAUAGUUAAUCCUUAAAAAUUAAAUUGGAAUAAUUGGGACAAUCAUGUUCAUUAUGUUCCAUAAGAUUUAAUUCAGAUUAUCAACCUAUAUGAUAUAAAAUCAAAGUAAUAGGGAUGUUGUGAAGAAUUAUUAAAUGAAUAAUAGAAGUAAAAUGAAGUAGGAGAAUUUUAAGUUGAAUUAUUGAGAAGAACCUCAGAGCAUUUUGAUUAACUAUGA